AUGGCUUUGCCACCAGGUUGCGUGAGAUACACGUUCGCCUUUGGCGCUCAUGGACUCGACAUCAAGGGCGAUGAGGUUCUCACAGUCAUCGACGGAACGCAGGCGGCCUACUUUGGCGUCAAGCCACAGUAAUAUUCAAGAUGAUAUUUAUUAUCUUGUGCUUCCGCCUGUUAUGUCAUGAUGUGGAUAUUAAGCGAAAGAAAACAGAAACAAACUAGCCCUUUUCAACAACCUUGUGUGAGUGAAAGAUUAAUUACAAUCUGAUUCUCUUCAAUCGCUAGGUGGAAGCUGCUUAUGAUCGAUGGUGAGGAGAUGGUUGAUGAGACUCUCAUCAGGCCGUGUUUGAUGAGGAAGUCAAAGUCCGGAAAAAAAUACCAAAUCGUUUUCUCAAAGACCGCAGAGGAGAUGGUAGAUACCGUAUGUAUUACGAGAGAACCACAUGCAGUUGCGGAAUGAACCAUAGCUCUACCAGGAUGUAGUUGCAAACGUCUUGUAAUAUUUUCUACGUGUUAUAGACUAAGCAUUGGUGUGACCAUCGUGAUACUUGUGGGUCUAUAUUCACACUGUAUUGUGUAGUAUGUGAACAAUUCUGUUUUGGCUCAUCAAACCACAGCGUGCAGAUAUCGCUGCACAGGAGGCUGCAGAGGCGGCGAAAAGGGAGAGAUUGGCACAAGAAGAAAGGGAAAGAAAAGCAGCAGAGGCAGAAAAAGCAGCUGCCGAGGCAGCACACAAGGCGGAGAUAGAUGGCAAGAAGGCCGCGUACAACUAUUGACUGUUCUUGAGGUUUGAUUUUCUUAUGGUUUUGUGUUCAAACUAUGAUGUAUUCCGUGCUAUGUAUCGCUUCCUCUUCUUGCCACAGCAUGGUACAACUUACUCAUAUGACUAAUUGACAAAAUCCAUCCAGAUUUGCUGAAUCCCAAGCGGCCGCCGCUAAGCCGGCAAGCACGAAGCCGCCAGAGGGUGUGAAUAUCACCGUGACCCGAGCGGAAGGUGCCGAAGCACCGAGGGAUGUCGGAGACAAUGAUGUGAUCAUCAAAUACGUAAACUACGCUGAACCAUUUGCCCUUAACGCGGAUGGCGCCUUGACGCAAGCCGAUAUCGACGCUGUCUACUCACUGUCCACCGUGAUGCCGGGGUGCUUCUUGCAUCUUUCGGUACAGUUUUUUUUGUAUGUUUUGAAACAUGGUCGCGGUAGAGAAGUAUCGUCCAAAAACUACAACUUCGCAAAAUCAAAUCAAAAGAAUUUAAACUCUCUUUUUCCGACCACCGCUCAUCAGGUUCGUGAGUUUGCUCACGAUGAGGAGCACUUGUACAUCAAGGAGGAGCCGCAAGGUGUGUGGCCGAGUUUGACGCCCAAGAUGACCUACUGCCUGUACGUCCAACAGGAUAAAGCUCAAUAUGAAGCUGACAUGGCACGCAUGAAGGAUGUCUGGUGCAAGGCAGCAACAGGUACAACAUAUGCGGUGAAUAUGUUAUCAGGUACAACAACAUUUAAGGGUUAUAACAUAAAUUGAUAGGAGGUACACUCUAAGCUACGUAACAAAAGUUGGUAGAUUUCAAUGCAGAUUUUGUUCGUAUAAAACUUGAAUCCUUAACUAUCCCAAAUACUGCAAAAAAAAUUAUCAUCACUUGCCCUGUCGCUAUCCAAACGCUGACCACACAUUGGCCUGCAGGCACUGACAGAGCGGAUGCCGAAGCUGGAUCUGGCGGAGCUGCCGAGUCCGACCGCGAAAAAAACUAGCGCCUUUUCUUCAAAGAAUAAGAGCCCAAAGCGCCACUGCCCUCGCCCGCUCAGGUUUGUCGCCAUUGCGUUAGAUAUUUGCCUUUAAUGUCGCCAUUUAUCGGUUCCAUAGUCGCAUACCAACUAGGUAGCCGUAGCUUCGAAUGCUGGCGUGCAUGCCCGCGCCCUGUGCCCGCCCGCCCGCCCGCGAGUGGGGAUUGCGAGUCACCUAAUUUAUUAGACAUAUGCGCUUCGUCAUACUAGCGCUGGCAUCCAGAGACAUAUCAUUCCGUACUCUUACAUCGGUUGCUGGUGUUUUUUUCGUGAAAAGGCGUCUGAAAUGGAGGGAAUGACAGACGUUUUUGCCGAUACCCGGAUGGUGAGAAACUUCGUUCAUGUUCCAGGUCUAAAUGUGACCGAGAAAAUAUAAAUGACAGAUAUCUCUCUUCCUCGUUCUUCUCUCGCGAUAGACACUGCAUUGGGCACAAUAUACCUGUCACACAAACAAAACUCGCUAACCCACAACCAGGUGAAUUGCCAACUUUGAAGGAGGGCUGCAGUUGCUUGUAUGGUGCACCAUGUGUGAACCCAGAUAACUGUAAGGAUUGGGAUAACCGAUUCGCAGUCGCAAAGGCUAACGGUGGUAACCCCAACUUGUUCCAGAACGCAGCAUAAUUUAGAGGAGAAUGACACAAGAGGUGAACAUUCUUAUGCAACACAUAAAAGAAGGAUCAUCAUCAUGUUCACGGUGGGUUAUAAUUUCUUUUUGCUGCAUGUUUAUUUUUUGCCCAUAAGAAACACACAUCAUAGCUAAGCAGGUAAAUGCAGGGAAUCUUGGUCAAUGAACUACACUACAGAAAAUGAUUACAAUUGAAGGUGAUUUUGUCAUCCAAGACUUUUCGGGGAACAUCAGAUAAUUCAGAUUGGAGCAUUUCGUGUUAUGAUGCUAAUGCGUAGCAGAGGAAGAAUCUUACCUAUUCUUCUCAAGAUAUCAUACGGUCAACUAGAACUACCACCAGCUACAUUGUAAUGAAAAUGAACAGCAUCUUUUGGAUACCAUUUACAACAGAAACACUGAAAAACUACAACUUCGGUCAACAACUUCGAUGAUCAAAAUUAGAAUGAACAUCAAGAAUCAAAAAGAGUCAUUUUGGAAAAUCAAACUUCUUGAGAAUAUGGCAACAAACACUUGGGACAAACUACUCCGUGGAUGCAGGCCGAAGCAAGCGCGUGUUUCGGCCAUGUAUAGUACUGAACAGAACUUUUCGGUAUAUUUGAACUGAUAAUGGAAGUGGGAGACCGAAAAACUGUACAUUUCGAUAUUGAUGUGGUAAGAAUGAAGUGCACAUUAU